AACUAGACCAACCCCAAUUUCCAUAUUUUAUUUCGUCAUUGCUUUCUCUCCUUACCCACCCAAACCCUUUUCCCAUUGCGAAUCUUCCAUUAGAUCGGGUUAAAUCCAGCAAACAAGGAAAUAAAAGAAACCCAUUUGUUUUUUGUUUCACGGAAUUGUUUAAGUCGAGUUAUUUAAAGAGCUAACGUGAUCCGAUUGGAUUUUGUGAGAUUUAUAUUGAUUAGAUCUGAAUUACGGGUAUUUUAGCUCAUACAUGUUUUAGUACUCUGGGUUUAUUGUUGAAUUGGUUUAGAGAGGUUUGUUUUUCCUCAAUGUCAAUGCCAUCGGGAAAUGUAGUUUUAUCAAAUAAAAUGCAGUUUCCUGCGCCUGCAGCUGCCGAAUCUGGCAGUGGCGGCGGUUCUGGUCGAGUCGUAGGUGGUGUUGGUGGAGGAGGAGAGAUCCAUCAGCAUCAGCUUCGGCAAUGGCUCCCCGAUGAGCGUGACGGCUUUAUCUAUUGGUUGCGAGGGGAAUUCGCCGCUGCCAAUGCUAUGAUUGACUUCCUCUGUCAACAUUUGCGUGAGGUCGGCGAUGUCGGGGAGUAUGAAGCCGUCGUAGCUUGCAUUCAACAAAGGAGAUGCUAUUGGAACCCCGUGCUUCAUAUGCAGCAAUACUUUUCGGUUGCUGAAGUUUCGCAGGCGCUUCGACAGGUUAUGUGGAGACGGAGAGAAAGGCAUUAUGAUCAAGGGAAGGCUGGGGGAAAGGAAUUUAGAAGAUCCGGCAUCGGGUUUAAGGGGCAUAGGAUGGAAGUGGCUAAAGAAGUGCAUAAUUCUGGGGUGGAUAGUGAUGGGAAUUCGACUGUCACCGCUGUUUCCGACCGCAACGAGAAACGGAGUGAGGAAGUUAGACCAAGUUGUGGAGUUGCAAAGGCGGAGGAUAAGACAGAUGUUGGUUCCAAACCUCAUGCUGAUAAUACAGAACCUGGAACUCAGGAUGUGAAUGGAGGGUACACAUCAAGCUAUAAAGGGAAAGAUCUACAUUCCUCCCAAAAUAAGAAUGGAAAGCAGAAUGCUACCGGUCCAAAAACUUUUGUUUGCAACGAGAUGUUAGACGGAAAAAUGGUCAAUGUGGUGGAUGGGCUAAAAUUGUACGAGGAACUGUUUGAUGAGAAGGAAGCUUCAAAUCUUGUCUCGUUGGUAAAUGAUUUAAGGGCCGCAGGGAAAAGAGGAGAAUUUCAAGGUCAGACAUAUGUGGCUUCAAAGAAGCCAAUGAAGGGACAUGGUAGAGAGAUGAUCCAGUUGGGCCUUCCAAUCGGCGAUGCACCUCUGGACGAUGAAACUGCUGCAGGGAGUUCCAAAGAGCGGAGAGUCGAAGCUAUUCCCUCCUUGCUGCAAGAUGUUAUUGAACGCUUGGUCACCUUGCAAGUUAUAACUUCAAAGCCGGACUCUUGCAUCAUUGAUGUCUAUAAUGAGGGGGAUCAUUCACCGCCUCAUACCAUACCACCUUGGUAUGGGAAACCCGCUUGCAUCAUGUUCUUGACCGAGUGCGAUAUUACUGUUGGAAGAGUAAUUGCAUUUGAUCAUCCUGGGGACUUUAGAGGCUCUCUAAAGCUUUCUCUUGCACCAGGUUCUAUACUUAUGAUGCAAGGAAAAUCAGCUGAUUUCACCAAACAUGCACUUCCUUCCGUCCGAAAGCAACGCAUACUGAUCACUUUUACUAAGUAUCAACCAAAGAAAAUCAUGACUGACAACCAGAGGCUUUCUUCACCUUCGGUUUCUCAGCCAUCAAAAUGGGGUCCGCCACCUAGUAGAUCAACCAAUCAUUUUCGCCCUUCUGCCGGUGCCAAGCCUUAUACAGCAAUACCAACAACGGUUGUAUUCCCGGCUACACCAAAUUGCCCACAAAUUCCACCCCCAAAUGGUGUUCAACCUUUAUUUGUGCCCGCUCCAGUUCCUCCUGCAAUACCUUUUCAUGCUCCGGUUCCUAUCCCACCUGGUUCAACUGGGUGGCCGGCUCCUCCUCCAAGGCAUCCUCCACCUCGGUUACCUAUUCCCGGCACUGGAGUUUUCCUUCCUCCACCAGGCUCCAGUAAUUCAUCAGCGCAGGAGUUAGCAACUGUAACCGAACUUAAUAUCCCUGCAGACACAACUUGCCAACCGGAAAAAGAGAACUGCAUUGGGAAAGCCAAUCUUCAUACAACUUCAACUAAUGGGAGGUUUGAUGAAAAAUCUCCGAAACAAGACUGCAACGGAAGUGUAGAGGGAACUGGCAAUGUGGUAGCUGUGAAGGAAGAACAACAAUGUACCGGCAAUAAUGUCGAGCAAACCAGCUAGUAGUUCAGUUCAGAGAAAGAGAGGGAAGGAAAAAGAGGUAGCCAGGUAGGCUCUGAACUGCAAUUAGUUUAAAGAGCGGCAACCUUUGAGACUUAAAUGUUUUCUUUUUGUUAUCUUAUCAUAUGAAAUUCACACGCUAGGUGGAUACUCCAUACCCUUAUUUAACUUUGGUUCUUAUUAAAA